UGAAGUUGAUAGGACUAGUUAAUUGGAAACGUGAUGUGACUAAGUAAUUACAAAUUGCAAUUAUUUGAAGUGUGUGAGUGAACUCAUGACAUUGUUAAGAUGAUGUUUUUGUUGCUAAUUACGUUAUGUGUCCUGACAUCGGGCCACGAGAUAACGCAGCUGAAGGUCCCGCUGCACGCGGACCCGCGGCGCGCGGCCGAGCUCAGCUGCCACUUCCACAUGGACGACCAGAAACUGCACUCCGUCAAGUGGUACCGCGACCUGCACGAGAUCUUCCGGUACAACCCCUCUCAAAAGACUCAAAUCCGCUUGUUCAACGUGACCGGCGUCAUGGUGCAAGGCGGGUCAUGCGAGCUGGAGUUGUGCGUUGUGCGCGUCAUGCCGCUGCCGCAGGCCACGCGGGCCGCCUACACCUGCGAGGUCUCCACCGAGGGUCCCAUGUUCCAGAUCGCCCGCCAGACCAAACACAUGACCGUUGUUGCCAUGCCCGACAAGGAUCCAGUUAUAAGUGGAGCUCCGCAUUUUGUUCGUCCGGGGGAUCAGAUGCUGCUGAAUUGUACGACGGACUACUCAUUGCCGCCCUCAAACAUUAAUUGGUACAUCGACAACGAAAUACAAAAGCCCGAAGCGUGGCAGCACACGGAGGUGAGCGCGCCGCUGGCGGGCGGGCUGCGCGCGUCGUGGCGCGUGCUGCGCGUGCACGUGCCCGCCACCGCCAGCGGCGCACUGCGCGUACGGUGCGAGUCCGUGCUCCUGGUGGAUCCGCCUGUGCUGCGCGACGCCAUCGCUACUGUCGCCGUCAACACUAGGACGCAGCUCUAUGACAAAUAUGUUUCUAACAGAGGUGGGUAUGAAGUAAAAAGCACUAUUCGUGCAGAUAACGCAGCGUACUACGUAGGCGAACAACACGUGAACGCGAAGCGAAGCCUGCGGCACGGGGCGCAGAUGUCUACGAGAACGCUAACUCGGUAG